ACUGUACGUGAAUUGAAAGAAUUUGAACUGGUUUUUAUUCAAGUUACGUUAGUGGCCAGCAGCGUACCACAAGCGAUGCAAGGCACGGAGAGGUUUGGUAUGUUUAUUGGAAACUAUCUAUUCGCCUCCGGUCAGGUCGUUCGGGCUGCGGAUUCCACAUAAAAGGAGACGCCCAUGAAGGCUUGGCUAUUAGGCCAAACGUCUCGUUUGUGUUGAGUGUCUUGCAACCAGUACGUUACAAGAGGAAUUCAAUACAAAAUGAGAGGCAUUGUGCUUAUCACUGCUGUGUUAUGUGGGGUGACUCUGGUUUGUGCCAGUAUCGGGACCCGUCAACCCGAAGAAAUGAAUGAGGAAGCUUUAAUGAAAUUGGCUGAGAUUUCUCAACAACUUGAAAGCUCGAUGUACAACUUGACAAGAACCCCAACCGAUCUCCCAAUCGGAACGGCUUGUGUGCUUUCUUCUGACUGUGGGACGUUCCUCGAUUGCAUCAACAUGGUUGACAUAGCAAAUGAUUACAUGACCGCCACUGGUCACAUGAACGAGCAGGAGACAAUCUUCAGCAAAGCAAACAUCCGAGGCAAAGAAUGCGCCAUGAAUCAAGAGAAGAUAUUUCAGAACAUGCCACGAGAUGAAGCUUUGCAGCUUAUCAAAGAAACGCUUGAGGAACUCGACUUUUUCCUUGGCACCUACGACGAAAUUGGCCUCAAUCUACGUGAGCAAGUCGGAACCGCUAGGUUAAAUUUCACCAACGACAUUGCUGUGCCAGCUGCAAGAUCAUCGAACACCGCCACAACCAACACGCUUUCGCCGUUGUUGCUUAUGUUGGCUCUUCGGGGAUCUGGAUCUUCAUCCCUGACAUCCGGUAACUCCGCUCUUCUUCUCGUCGCUUUGAUGUCCCAACAGCAACAGGGAACAACAGGCACCGGCACUGGCACCACUAACAAUGUUCUCUCCAACCCGUUCUUGCUCUAUACUCUGCUCGGAAACCAAGGAACCUCUUCCAGCGGCAGCAACAACAACAUUCUCCUCUACUCGUUGCUUUUGUCUCCAGGUGGUUUGGGAGGACAAGCAUCAACAACCGUCGAUCCAGUUACUGGACAGCUAGUGCCAUCUACGUCAUCAAGCAUGAGCAGUUUGUUGCCACUUCUUCUUCUCGGAAACCAAGGAUCAUCUGGAAGCAGCACCGGUGGUUUGGACACAACCACACUUCUGUUGCUUACCAUGAGCGGAGGUUUGGGAGGAUCUGGAACUGGUACCGGAUCAACUGGUGGUUUGGGAGGCAGCGGUGGACUCUCCAGCAUUCUUCCUCUUCUUCUUUUGACUGGCAACAGCAGCUUAUUGGGAGGUGGUUCAUCUAGCAACAGUCUCUUGCCUCUUCUUUUGUUAAGCGGAGGUGGUCUUGGAGGUCUUGGAGGACAAACAACAACAAUUGACCCCGUUACUGGUCAACCAGUGCCAUCUACAGCAUCAAGCAUGAACAGUUUGUUGCCACUUCUUCUUCUCGGCAACACUGGAUCAUCUGGAAGCAGCACCGGUGGUUUGGACACAACCACACUUCUGUUGCUUACCAUGAGCGGAGGUUUGGGAGGAUCUGGAACUGGUACCGGAUCAACUGGUGGUUUGGGAGGCAGCGGUGGACUCUCCAGCAUUCUCCCUCUUCUUCUUUUGUCCGGCAACAGCAGCUUAUUAGGAGGUGGUUCAUCUAGCAACAGUCUCUUGCCUCUUCUUUUGUUGAGCGGAGGUGGUCUUGGAGGACAAACAACAACAACCAUUGAUCCCGUCACCGGACUUCCAGCCCAAGGACAAUCUAACAGCAUGCAGCAGCUUCUUCCACUUCUUCUGUUGACGCAAAACCAAGGAACAUCAUCAACGGGAAGCAACAACAACAGCUUGCUUAUGAUCCUUCUGUUGUCUUUCAUGCAACAACAACCAGCCCAGCAAACUGGUUUAUCGGGUGGUUCCUUAGUUGGUUAACACUUUAUCAUUUUAAGUUAUAACCGAUAAUAUGUUAAUUAAAUUCUGAUUCGUGCGACGUAGAUUAUAUUUCUCCAAAGUUUUAAACAUAAUUUUCUCUUAAAAACUAUCGUAUUCUCGUCAUCUGCAAAAAUGCCAAACAUAUAUUGGAACCCAGACCUUAAAAGGUGCCACGCUAAAUUGACAUGAUGUCUUUUUACGCAGAGGGAUACAAGUUUGGUAUUGUUGCUUUUGAUUUUUAUUUGUUAUUUUUUUGUGCUUUUCGUAUUCGAAACGUGCGCUUUUACGUUCAAAGGCAAUAAAAAUAAACGUUUUAUUAACAGUG